UGUUAAUCUUGUAACUGUUGUUACCAUUCAUCAUUAGAUAAGAGCACAAAAUAAUUUUGUUUACAUGUGAAAUUUUGAAUCUCACAAAAGCCUGGAUAUAUUAUGUCAAAUAAACUUGAGAGGACUCGAGGCUACUUUCUAGACAAUUAGAAUGGGUGAAUGGUCUUUGAACAAAUCUGACAUUGAUUUCCCUGGGAAAAAAACCUUGAUGACUAUACUCAGUAAAACCAGUACUACUUAGGGUAUUUCAACAAGUUCAAAGGUAUGCUUGAAAGAUUUCCUCUCACAAUUUCCACAUGUUUAAGGAGUUACCUCACUUGAAAUUUUCAAAAAAAGUGGUCAGUAAUCUUAAUUUUUGAUUGAUGUUUUGCCUUUAUCUUGGGAAUGGACCUUAUUAGGCCUCAACCCUUGAACAUUUUGACAAAGCUUGAGAGCAGUGCAUUGAACUGAAAUGUGUUGAUUGAUAGGUGUGUUUCUAUGAGGAUAUUAAGCGUUUGGGAAGAUUACUUCUUCUGAUAUCUAAUACUGAAAAAAAAAGUAAAAAGGACAGCCUACUUUUAAAAAAGGCCAGUAUUUAUCCUUAAUUUUCAUUUUUUGCCAUUAUGCCAAACAUUUUAAAGAAAAAACGUUCAAGUGCUUUUUAAUGGCACCCUCUAAAUACGUAAAUAAAAUUUGGAAACUACCGUUGUACAUCAAGGCUCCUAUAAUUUUUAUCAUUUGAUCAUUGCAGUCCUAGAGCCAGUAUAUUAUGAUGUGAGACAAGUCAUUCAGCUUACACGACAUAUAUUAUGAUUUGACCGCUGUUUUGUAACCCUGUGUGUUCGUACAUCGGAUCGUCCGUCGAGGAAUGCUUUUGUCCUUUGAUGAAGGUCACUGAUGUGCUCGCCUUGUCGGCCUUGUCUUUUGCCGCUUGAACUACUACAUCAAUUGAAUCCUUCACAUUGUCUGUUUCUCACUUGAGCGAAAAGUUAUCUUCCGUGACUCCCAUUGAUAUCCUCUGAUGAAAGAAUUCACUGUAACCAACAUUUUGACCUCAGCUGCUCUAUCUUACUCGUUCCUGGUUUUCGUACAAGAUAGCUACACAAGGGAAACGGAAGCGUUAACUUCAUACUGCACCAAUUAAAUUAAACAAUGAAGUUUAUGGUUGACCUAAUUUAGCCGACGUUUUAGCGUCUCUCAGUUAGAAAUUAAAAUCGCGAUCGAUCAUAAGGAACGUCUAAUUCAGUUUUUUUUUCUUUGCACAUCAAUACGGUCAUGCCGCUUUGCUGGAUUUGUAAAGCAAAGACAAAUUAUCACUGUUUAAGCUGCCAAGCGUAUGUCUGUAACAGGGCAGAAUGCUCUGUUUUGGCGCCUGAAGAAACGCUGAACUGGAAGGCUGGCUUUAGUGUAGCCUUUUGUUUGACAUGUUCACAUAACACCGGCGACGAAAGUGUCGAGGAAGAAAUCAACCAAACAGAAGUCUCACUCACAAGAAAAGAAGAAGAUGUAGACGUUAAGUCAAGUACAUCUCAAAUGAAAAGUCAAGGUGGCACCAAAGAAAAAGUCCAGGAGAAGCGGAAAUGCUUGAACCUACAGCAGAGAGUUGAGAUGAUAGUGUAUGCGAAAGAUCAUCCAAAAGAGGGAUACCGUAAAAUUGCUGAAAAAUUUGGCAUUGGGAGAACACAAGCACAUAAAAUCUUAAAACAAAGAAAUGAAAUACUAGCAUUAUAUGAAAGAAAUUCUCGGCCAAAUCAGCAAAAGAGAGUCCGUUCUGCGAGGUACUCAAAAGUCAAUGAAGUACUACUGCAAUGGUAUGUCAUCUGCAGAAACUUAAAUAUUGCUGUUUCAGGAACAAUGCUUCAAGAGGAAGCUUUGUUGAUUGCAGAAAAAUUGGGCAUUAGUGGCUUUGCUGCAUCUAAUGGGUGGCUAGAGUCAUUCAAGAAACAGCACAAUAUUCACAAUAUGAUCAAAGCAGGCGAGAAUGGAGACCUUUGUGAGGCGACUAUUGAAAGCUGGAAUGAACAGGUCAGACAGUUCAUCAGAGGAUGGAAGCCAGAGGAUGUGUGGAAUAUGGAUGAGACAGGGAGCUUUUGGAGAGGAUUACCUGAACCCAGCCUAACUGAAAGGGGGAAACGAUGUAGUGGUGGAAAGCAAGCCAAUGAGAGAACUACAUGGGCAUUUUUUGUUAAUGCUGCUGGAGGAAAGGAAGACCCAAUUGUGAUUGGUAGAUAUUUGAAGCCACAUUGUUUUAAGAAUUUAAAUGAUUCUAAAAGACCUUAUCAAUGCUGCUAUUUUGCAAACUCAAAAGCAUGGAUGACAAAAGAAAUAAUGGCUGAUGUCUUGUCCCAACUUAAUGAAACCUUGAUUCGAAAGAAGAGAACUAUCUUACUGUUCUUGGACAAUGCUCCAUGCCACUCCCCUAUCUUGGCUGAGAAGUUUUCGAACAUUGGCAUUAAUUUCCUGCCUAGUAACACAACAUCAAAGACUCAGCCCCUUGAGGCGGGUAUAAUUGCAAACUGGAAAGUGAAGUACAAAAAGCGGUUGCUUCGCUAUGUGUGCUCCAAGGUGAGUCAAGGCGAAAGCACCAGUGAGAUCGUCAAGUCCAUAGAUAUCUCUAUGGCCAUCCAGUGGGGACGACAAGCUUGGGAUGAGGUGUCUCCUGAAACAAUCCAAAGAUGUUUCAAGAAGACAAGGCUCUACCCAGAAGAACUCAUGGAGGAAGAUGAUCCUUUUGAAGGAGAAGAUGAGCUGCAGCAGCUUCAAGAACUAAUCAACAGGAUCAGCUCUUGUGAUGCUGGAGCAUUUAUCUCGGCAGAGGAUCAACUCAAAGUAUGCCUUGGUAUCAUUGAAAGCUCUGAUCCAAACUGGAGGAAGUCAUUACGUGAUCAGCUGCUUAAUCAGAAGAAGGAAGAAAGUAGGGAGGUUGCAAAUAGCUUAGCAGAUGAGAGAGCCCCUAAAAUUGAUGAAAGGUCUUCUGGGGGGAACGAAGAAUGUGACCCUGAGUUGAAACAACCAGCUAUUAGGACAAUAUCAGAGGCAGAGAAAGUGGCAGAGCAACUGACAGACUUUGCCCAUAUUAAUGGCCACCGGGAACUUUCUUUGGCAUUAAGCCAAGUAAACCAUUUGAUCCAUGAAAUCAAACUGCAGAAACCAAAAAGCUAACCACUAAUUUCAAAUUACCUUUCUUGUUAGAUAAUAGCAAACUUAAACAGAGGUGUUUUUGAGAUGUGAAUGGCAACUAGCAGAAUAAUAAGACUACUUCAUAUACACUUUGAUGCCAUAGUAUCAACCACAGGGUCAUCAUCCAUUUUUUUUUUCAAAGUUAUUGUACUUUGGCAGGAAAAUCUGUAAUUUAUCAGAGCUGGAGAAACCAUACAAAACCUACUUUUAAUCUACCGUACUUAAGUUUAUCUUUCACAAAAAGUAUGCAAUUGAGUUGUUUAUUGCUUGUGAGACUAAGAGUUAAAACAAGUUUCCUAAGAAGAAAACCAUUUAGCUUUAAGUUAGUAACAAAUUUUGUUUUGUAGUGCUGGAUGAAAGAUCUAGCUAUUAGAAAACAAAAGGCAAGUUGACAUGUACAUUUGGAUGGAUUUGAUCUUAGUCCUUCUGCCACAGUCUAUUUUAAAACAGUGUUAUGAGGUACAAUUUGAUGGUGUUUUAGCAGAAGUAAUAGUCUUUCCCGAAAACAUCUAGUCAAGAGCAGUACCAAAAGAAAUGGAAGAAGCUCUCAAGAUCCUCAUUAUAGAAAGGGCAUUAAUUGAUAGCUCUCCUUUACUACCGGUAUUUUUCUAGUUUGGAAGUCAUUUGUUGGGAUGUGUCGAUGCAAAAAUUUAAAGUGGAAUUCUCAAAGUUUUGUGUUCUAUGUACAAUUAUAUACUUUAGGCUUACUAAUAGACCGUACUCCAAUUUACACAGUUUGGUCUGAUUCUACAGUCAUUGUAUAUCUAUCCUUUUCAGACUUCAUUAAUAUUGUUGCUUACAUAAUUGUUGUUGAUGUUUGUGUUAAAAUUUCUGCCACAUGAAUUCCAUAAAUUUUGUGUGAAAGGCAUAAUGUCUUGUAGAGCAAGAAAGUUUUUAUCACCAUCAUUGAGGUGUUGUACUUUACUAAUACUAUAGUUGUACUGUACUUUGAAUAAAAUAGUUGAUUGUCAAUUUUUCCAA